UGACUCUAUCUGUAACAUCCAAGAACGGUCAAUCAUCAGCUCAACCUGGCGAAAAGGUUACCGUGAAAGCAAAGACUGCUCCAUUUUCCAUGGUCGUCUUUUUGGCCAGGGAGGACAGACUGUCGUUGCUUAAGCCAGACAACGAUAUACCUCCUUCCACUACCGGAAAACCAAAAAGAGAAUGGAACACAAAGCCGGUCGGCUAUCGUCGGGUUUCCAUGGCCGAUAAUUUUAAUAAACCAGUUGAUUCCAGCAACAUGCAAUAUUUUAUUCUGACCAACACCAAAGGUUCCGCGACCGAUCCAGAUAUCGAAAAGUUAUUAUGGCCGUACCCUGGAUACAGCAGCUGUAUUUGUCCCAGAGCAGAAAUUCGUUACGGGUUUCGCAUCAACAAUGAUCCUAAAGAGUCGUAUUGCUCAUACUACGGUUAAGACGAGCGAGAUAAAAGUUCGGAUGCCGAUGGAACGGAAGCGACAUCGUUCUCCGACGAUUCCACAACGCUGCUCCCUACGUCGACGCGAAAGCCGAUUCCACAGAGUUUCCUUUUUGAAACUGCUGUGGCAGACGCAAACGGGGAUGUCGUUGUGGAGCGCAGAGUGCCCGAUACACUGACAACAUGGCAUAUCUGGGCGUUUAGCUUGAACAAGACUGGCGGAUUAAAUGCGUCGACACCUGCCAAGCUUAAGGUUUUCCAACCAUUACUUGCCUCUCUGGAUCUACCGUACAGCGUUAUCCACAACGAAAAUUUCACCGCCGAAGUCGUCAUUUCUAACUUUAUGCCGCAGAAGCAAGAUGUGGCAGUCAAUUUAUCCAUUCGCAGUCCGGAUAACACAAUGAUGACCUUUACAAAGAGCAUCAUUUCCAAGCCGAAUGAUAGGAUAACGGCGGCAUUUAAGAUCAUCCCGGAGCAAAUUGGUGACUGGGAACUCGCGGUCACAGUUAAAUCUGCACUCGCCUCAUAUCACCUGAACAAAACUUUGCUCGUCAAACCAGGAGGCGUCACGCAGUUCUACAGCCAGCCAAUCCUGAUCGAUCUCAACAAAUCCAAUACAUUUAAUACGGUCAUCCAGUUACCGAUGGAUCCAGCUGAUAGGGUCACAGGGUCCGAGAAAGUAAUAGUUGACGUUGUCGGUGACAUUCUCGGCGUCUCCCUCCAUAAUCUGGAUAAACUGAUUAGGUUGCCGACUGGAGGCGGCGAGCCGAACAUGGCGAUAGUAGCGUCCAGCGUUGCAGUGCUCAAAUAUCUGAGAAAUACGAAUAAAACAUCACAUCAAAAGGAGAAGAACUUGGCAAGCAACAUUCAGUUGGGUUAUCAACAAGCGCUGACGUAUCUCCGCAAUGAUAAUUCGAAUUUGUUCAGCAUGCGGGGACCAACUGACACAAAUUCGUCUACAUGGUUGACUGCUUAUUUCACCAGAGUUUUUGCCGAGACCUCGCAACGGCUUCCCAAAAGCAGCACUAAAGUUAUCGAGAAAGCGAUUCAGUUCCUCAUUGACCAGCAAAACGACGAUGGUUCGUUUCGCGAAAGCGGAAAAAUUAUCGACAGUUACGUCGAAAGCGGUGAUUCCAAACAAGUGUUCUUGACAGCAUUUACGGUUCUAUCGUUUACGGAAUAUAUCAAGACAGGGAAGGCUGGCAUCGAGAAGUUGAACGCUUCGCUCCAGAAAGCAGUGGCAUAUUUGGAAUCGCAAGUGGACAGUGCCAAAAGCGACUCGUACGCUUCAGCAAUAACAGCGCACGCAUUGGCACAAGCUAACAGUUCGAAGAGCUUGGAUGCGCUGAACCUGUUGAAAGAUUUAACGGUCACCGAUGCUUCAACUGUGCACUGGAAGACCCCUGCGUCAGUCGAGGAUGAAACGGAAAAUGCCGGUUAUUUGUACGCCACACACCCCAUAGAUGUCGAAGCCACCGCGUAUGCGUUACUGGCGCACUUGGCCAAUGGAAACUGGAACACGUCGCUAAAAAUCGCUUCCUGGUUGAUUUCAAAACAAAAUGCUGAAGGCGGAUUCUUUUCGACAGCGGAUACAGUAGUCGCGAUAGAAGCGUUAGCCAAAUUUGCCCAGUUCAUCACCGAUGCCCCAGCGAUUCAAAUCGAUCUCAUGGAUGGCAUUCAAAAGAGGGAUGUGACGAUCUCGCCGGACACAGCGAUGGCCGUUCGUUCCUUGGAAUUUGCACAGAAGCCCACGGAUAUUGCGAUUCAUGCCAGAGGAAGCGGGAUGGCUGUCGCUUACGUAAGCUGGACAUGCAACGUACAGUGACCGAUAGAGGGCUGGACAUUUGACCUCAACGCCACUUUAUCCCGUACCGGAUCCACCAGAGCUAAUCGUCUAAACAUUUGCACCAGAUAUUGGAAAGAUGGCACAAGCAGCCUGGCGCUUGUGGAGGUCAGUGCGCUGCCCGGUUACCAGUUUGACGAAGAAGAGAUCAAACAGCUUUCGCCAGUUGUUAACCCAGCCAGCCAGCCGCCAGCCAGCUGCGGAAAAGCCAGCUGGACAAUAAAGGCAGCCAGCUGAAUUUGUAUUUUGACGAGAUGACUUCGACUGCCAUUUGCUUCAAUUUGACGAUGUACCAGACGUACAAAGUGGAGAAUUUGAAAAACCAAAGCAUUGUAAUUUACGUGAUAGACGAACGGUUUUCUAUAACGCUUUGUGGAAUGGCAUUUAAAGCUGACAAGCUACUAAUAAAGUACAUAGCUUUACCGUUCAUAUAAUUGGUAUACGACCCUUUUCUGGAUGUGAACAACGAUAACAGAUGCUUAAAAUUUUACAUAUGUAUGUAGAAUUAUUUAAGGAGACAUAUUAGUGCAGAAUAUAACCUCAAAACGACUUGCUGCCGCGAUCCCAGAAGACGCAUCUGAGUGUUAUUGUAUCCGCAGAUGUCAAUAACCAGCACAAAAAUUAGCCCAGUGAAAGCUUGAAGUGAAUUUAAUCACCCAUAACGAUUCGUGAGCUUAACUGUUAGUGUUCGUGACCAUAAUCAUAUCGGACAAGGUAAUUUUAAGUAGACG